CGUUUUCACAUUCCCAGACUACGAACAACGGCGCGAAGUGUGGCAGGUCGCUGUCAGUGGUGCAAAGUGUACAAAGCUCGUCCGGUGGUCCCAAUGAUGGGUCCACUUCCAGCCGCUCGUCUGUCACCAGGUGUGCGCCCGUUUAGCUAUGUUGGCAUCGACUAUUUCGGGCCAAUCUUAGUGAAAGUUGGUCGUGCCGCAGUAAAAGAUGGAUUUGUUUGAUAACGUGUUUAACAAUACGUGCUGUACACGUUGAAGUAGCAUUCGACCUUUCGACCAAAUCUUGCAUCGCAUGUAUCCGCCGUUUUGUUUGCCGACGAGGAGCGCCAGUUGAAAUAUAUUCCGACAAUGGUCGGAACUUUACCGGAGCGGAUCGCGUGUUACGGGACCAAAUCGAGAACAUCGAGCUAAAUGCAGCGACGACCUUCACGAAUACGACGACGAAGUGGUUGUUCAUACCGCCAUCUGCUCCCCAUAUGGGAGGAUCAUGGGAACGCAUGGUGCGCUCCAUCAAGAAUGCUAUGACUACCAUGCCUCAGAACGAAAAGCUAGACGAUGAAGGAUUACAGACCCUUAUAGUGGAGGCAGAAGCGGUUGUUAACUCUCGUCCACUGACUUACUUACCGCUGGAUUCAGCAGAACAAGAGGCGCUAACGCCCAACCACUUCAUCCUAGGCAGUUCAACUGGAGUGACACAACCUACAGCGAAGUUGGAAGAUGGCGUAAAACUGGCUCGAGGAUCCUGGAGUUUGAUUCAACGCCGCAUUGACCACUUUUGGAGGCGUUGGGUACUGGAGUAUUUGCCGACACUUACAAGGCGUGUGAAGUGGAUGCAAGAAACGAAGCCGGUACAGCCUGGAGAUCUGGUGAUCGUAAUCGAUGAGUCAAAAAGAAAUGGCUGGGUACGUGGACGUAUCCUGGAUGUAAUCGCAGGCAGGGACGGACGGAUUCGGCAGGUAUCAGUACAAACCUCUUCGGGACUAUUCAGGAGGCCGGUGUCCAAAGUAGCAGUACUCGAUGUAGCUGACCUUGCAGUGGAGGAUCCUACCGGUCCUCACGGGGAGGGGGAUGUUGCUACGACUGCCAUACCGGCAACCCGGCGCGCCACGCUUGCACCGAAGUAUAUUGAUACUCGUUGAUGCUGUGUUGAUCAGUACUAUAGUAGGUACAAUACAUGUACAUGAACUCAUAUUAUACAGGCUAUAAAUGAAAUCGAUUGUUGACAUAAGGAUAAACCACACUAUAUUUUGAUUUCUAUUAAUUAGUUAGUUCAUGCUUGAAAUCGAAUAUUCAAAGUUUUCCGUUAAAACCUCAAAAGAGACCAUAGCAGUGGGAAAACUAUUCGCAUUAUCUGGUAGGUUACAAUUGAUAUUCCACAAAGUGCUAGAGCCUAAUUAUGUUUCCAUAGCUAUCUCAGCAACCGUAGAAAUAUCUUAAGCAGCAUAAAAACUCAGUGUUUAAUUGCUCAAACUAAGUUAUGCACUGUUAAAUGUAAGUAAUACCAUACAGAGUUGCCCUCCUCAAAUACUUAAAUGAAUUAAUUUGUAUUUUAGCUUGAAGCUGUAAUAAAUUUGCUCUCAAGACAGUGCUCG